AUGAAUCAAUCUGCUCUCUUAGAUGUUGACACUGCCCGUUCAGUUACAAAUAAAGUUUAUCCAUGGAAGUUUAGAGCUCGUGUGUUAUCACUGUGGAAAGUUCCUGACCACAUGCUCCCUGUGUCCUCUUCAUCAAUUGACAUGGUUCUCAUUGAUAAAGAGGGUGUGAAGUUUGAAGCUUCUAUUUGCAAGUCAGUGGCUGUUCCACCUAAGAUGUUUGAAGGGCGUGUGUACCAAAUAUCUUUCUUCAGGAUACUUGACAACAUUGGCCCAAAACGUUUAACAAGUAUUAGAUACAAACUAUAUUUUCUUCCCUGCACCAGAAUCUUUCCUGCUGUUGACCAUGAUAUGCCUCGCAAUGGAUGGGAUUUUUUCCACAUGCAUCAUAUCAAAGACUAUGGAAAUACAUUUGGCUACUUAGUGGAUGUCAUUGGCAUUUUAACUGCAGCUUCUUCUGAAAAACUUAUGAUUAAGGACAAGAGGGUAUAUAAGACCAUGGAUAUUAAACUCUCAGAUAGAAGUGGCAUGACUAAGUGUGUCUUAGUUGGUGACAUUGUUGACAUGCUUUCUGAGUAUCUAUGUGCUGAUUGGGUUGUUAGACCUAUUGUUGGACUUCGUUUUGUUGAAGUUAGAAGCAAAAAUGGUCAAAAUGUUAUAUAUGCUGUUCCUUAUGUGACUAAGAUUCUGAUCAAUCACAAAUUUGACGAAGAUGUUGUGCUUGCUGAUAGAUUUCAUGGUGUUGAUUUCAAGUUACAUGUUGACUAUAUCUUCAAUCUUGAUAACAAUUUGAACAAUCAUGCUGAUAUGCUUGAACUGCAUCCCAAAAAGACAAUCCCUCAACUUCUUGAAAGCAAAGAGAAGGGUACUUUUGUUGUGCAUGCUUGGAUCUUGGCUUUGCUCAAAAAUAGUAAUUGGUACUCAUUCAAGGUUCAAGUGUGCGAUGGUUCUGACAAUACUAUUUUUGUGCUCAAUGAUCAUGAUGCAAUGCACCUGAUUAAUGUACCAUGUGAAGAGUUAAUGAGAUCUGAAGAGGUGAAACCAUCUUCUGAAAUACCUCCACUACUUGAAGAGAUUUUAGUUGGCAAAGAAUUAUUAUUCAAAAUUCGUGCUGGAUUUGGUAUGACAUACAAUCGUCAACAAACUUAUGAGGUCCUCAAGAUAUGUGAUGAUUCUCAUGUAAUUAAAAUGUUUCGUUCUGGAAAUUUCUUCAGCACACCAAUGGAGGCCAAGUUUGCUCCUUCCUUCACACAAUUAGAGGUUGCUCAUGAUGAUGCCAAGGUUGAAGAAAUGCAUGCUGGAAAUUUCAAGUGUAAGGGUGCUGCUCCUGUCAAGUCCAAUUUGGCUAAAAAGCAAACAACAAUUAUUAGUCAGAGUUCAACAAGUAUUCAUCUCCCAUUGAAAAGGAAGCUGGAGGCAGAAUUUGAUAAAUUUGUUUCUGAAAUAGAUAAUGAUCUUGAUGCAAUUGAUGCUGCUGUGGAAAAAAUAAUUAUGGAGAAAAAAGGAGUCAAUUCUCAUGCUGAGUCCUCGGGUGUUAAAACUACUGAAGCCUGUCUAAAAAAGGUUGAAGUUAAUGUUACAACUAAAGAUGAUCCAUAUUGUACUCAGCCUAUCAUCAACAUUGCUGAAGAGAGCAUGACUAGAAAUGAUGGUGAACAAAAUCUGAAAUGUCCUCAAAUCAUUGAUCUUACAAAUACAAAUGUGGAUGAGGACUUUGAAAUUUCACCCACUCAGAUUGGAACUAUCACUCUGUCAGAUGAUUUUAUUGAUUUAACCAAGAUUGAGCAAAAUGGUGAAGUUACAUCCAAAGAGUUUAUUGAUUUAACCAAAGAUUUGGAUGCUGUUGACCUUACAUCUACUAGCAAUGGUGAAGAAGUUGAAGUUUGGGAAGUUGUUGACCUCUCUACGUGA